GUUAAGUGCGUAACAUACAUAAUUGCUAACAAGGAGAUACGGUCUAUUCAUCGUGAAGUGAUGCAUGCACUAAGACAUUAAUAAGCAAGAGGAAAUAUAUUCAAAUGACUAGAUUUAAUUAAUGUAAUUUUAUUCGAAAUAAACUAAUUAGAUAAACUAAACAUUAAUUGGAAACAUUAUAUCUCAAAGAUCAUUUGUGUCAAUAUAGUAAGUAUCAAAGAUGUAGAAUGUAUAAAGGAAGUGAGGAAAUAAGAGGAAUGAAUGGCAUCUUCAGGGCAAGAUAAAACAACAGCCGACAGUACUAGUGGAAAUGAUGAGCAAAAGAAAUCUUCAAACAUUCCUGAUAAAGUAGUACAAGAAUUGAAUGAGGCCUACAAGAAACAUGGCAAAUCAGGUAUAAUAGAAUCUGUAAAAGAGAAGCUGAAUGAAUGGAAGAAGGUUCCUCUUAAUAUUGCUAUCACAGGAAGCAGUGGUGUUGGAAAAUCAAGCUACAUAAAUGCCUUACGUGGUAUGACAGCUGAUGAUGAUGGUGCUGCACCAGUUGGUGUCGUUGAAACAACUGCUAGUCGAACACCUUAUACACAUCCGGAAAACGAAUGUUUUGUACUGUGGGAUCUUCCCGGAGUGGGAUCUCCAAAUUUUCCCAGAGACAGCUAUCUUGAGAAAAUACAGUUUAGAAGAUACGAUUUCUUUCUGGUAUUCUCGGCAAGUCGAUUUACAAUGAACGAUAAGUGGCUGGCUCAACAAAUUAAGCAGGCAGGUAAACACUUUUAUUUUAUCAGAACUAAAAUCGACUUGGAUAUAUCGGACAAUAAGAAAUCACAUCCAAUAACUCAUUCAAUGGUUCAAGUCUUACAAACAGUACGUUCAGACUGUAUGACCCAUUUGCAAAACGAAGGAUUUACAAAUCCGGAAGUAUUCAUCAUCAGUAACUUUGAUGUAAACGAGUUUGACUUCGGACAAUUGUCUGAACGACUCAUUAAAGAUGCUCCAGACAUCAAGCGGGAGGCUUUAACACUAUCGUUGACCAAUCUCACCGAAAGAAUAAUCAGGACCAAAGAAAAAUAUCUAAAGAAAAGAAUAUACAUUGUUUCCAUUGCGUCUGCUGCAGCUGCUGCAGUUCCAAUUCCAGGCGUUGGAUGUAGCGUGGAUAUCGCCAUACUACUUGAAGAAGCUGUGUUUUACCGACAGCAGUUACAGCUAGAUGAAGCGUCCUUUCAAGAAAAUGCUGCAGCAUUGAAUAUUUCAGUAAACGAAUUGCAACGGAAACUAAAUCUCCAAAGCCAGAUAAUUUCUUUCACUUCUGCUGGACUUCUUGCUUUCUUCGCUAGUCUAGGAAUAUCGAACCUCUCCGAAAACAUUCUAAAACUUUUACUUCCCAUUGUCGGCAUUGUGAUUGCUUCCGGAAUUUCUUACGGAGUCCAGGUACACUGUUUAAAUAAGCUCUUAGACAUUAUAGUUAAUGACGCAUUGCGUAUUCACGGGGAGAUGACCAAAAUCUCCGCUAAAAAUGCCGUAGAUGAUAUUCAAACGACACAAACUGAGGUGAAAAAGGUUGAAUCAGAGUGAUGUUUGGAUGUAUAUGUGUAUUAAAACCGGUUUUCUAUUCCUUAACAUAAUUCACGUAAAAAAGACAAUCAGAUACUGAAACAAGUUUAUAUCAAAAAUACUUUGGAAUAUGUAAAACAUUAAUAUUGCAAUAUGUAGAGUGAGUUUGGUUUCACGGCGAAUCGACACAAAAUGAUCAUAUAUCGCCGAAGGCAAUUGGUAGCGAUUAAUUUGCAAAUAUUAAAUACUAGAUAGUUACGUAAAUGUAGUCAACCUAAAAUAUGUGGACGGAAUACCUCUGAUCAAAAUUUUAAUUCUUAAAUUAUGUAACUGAAUUCCAUGCAGUUAAGCUUCUAACACAUUACUAAUCAAGUGAAAAUUUGACAUCAGUAAUCUGUGCAAUAUUGGUACUGGUAAUUUUUGAGUACGCAUGAAAAGAAGUGUGCUUUUGCGCUAGUGCAACCGAGUGUAAAUCUUGUGCAUGUAAACAGAGCUUUAUUAUACAUCUACUUAACUCAAACGUUUUCGUAAACGUUUGAGUAGUCAAGUCAAUGAGAUCUGUUACAAAAUAUGCAAUCUUGUCGAGCAUAUUUAUCUAACACCUCUUUAAUCAUUUAUUGGUAGAGUUAUCUUUCUGCUAAACAGACCCGUGAUAUUCGGGUAUCGAAAUUAAAACUUCAAUGAUCUGUUGUGUUCGACAGAUAAUUAAACUUUUAGAAAUCACCUUAUUUUCAUUUAUUAAAAGCAAAUAUGUUGCGGCUAAGUAAUGAUCCAUUCUACUGCCAAUAACACCCCCAAAACCUUUAUCU